CUUGCCCCCUUGACUGUUUGGACGGUUUUCGGUGCGAUCGCGCGAUAGAAGAUGGUCGAGGACGAAAAACAGCCGAUCGAAAAUGGGGAGGCCUCGCCUCCGCCGUCGACAUAUGCCGUCAACGAGCGCAAGUUGAUGGCCAAGAUAGACUGGCACGUUCUGCCGUGUCUGUGCGCCAUGUAUCUGUUUGCUUUUUUGGACCGAGUGAAUAUCAGCAAUGCGGCGACGCUGGGAAUGGAAUCCGACCUUCAUAUCGAGAAAGGCACGAAAUAUAACACCGCGUUGACGAUUUUCUUCGUUCCGUACAUUAUCUUUGAGAUUCCGUCGAAUAUUCUGAUGAAGAAGCUGAAGCCUCAUCUUUGGUUGGCGCUGUGCAUGUUUGGCUUCGGGGUGGUGAUGAUCUGUCAGGGUUUGGUCCAGAACUGGGGCGGGCUGAUGGCCACCCGUUGGUUCCUGGGCAUGUUUGAGACGGGGCUGUUUCCGGGCUGUUUCUACCUCCUGGGCAUGUGGUACAAGCGCAGCGAGGCGCAGAAGCGCUUCAGUUUCUUCUUCAGCUCGACGACUCUCGCCGGUGCGUUCGGCGGUUUGCUGGCGAGUGGACUUGGGAAGAUGAAUGGCAUUCGGGGCCUUGCCGGAUGGCGAUGGGUGUUCAUCAUCGAGGGCAUCAUCACCUGUCUGGUCGCGAUUACGUGCUACUUCCUCCUGACGGACUUCCCGGAGGACGCGACAUGGCUGAGCCAUGAGGAGAGAACAUUUCUGCGGGAGAAGCUGGCCAAGGACGUCGGAAAGGCCAAUUUUGAUGCCAAAAUGACUUUCCGUGAUGUUUUGGAUGUGUUCAAGGAUUACAAAAUCUUCAUCGGCGGAUUGAUGUACUUCGGACAGGUCGUCACAGCCUACGGCUACGCGUACUUCGCCACGACGAUCAUCAAGACGUUCGGCUACAGCUCCAUCCAAACCCAACUGUACACGAUCCCACCCUGGGCCGCCGCCUUCGGAUGCUCGAUGGUCAUCGCCUAUCUCUCGGAUCGCUUCCAGCACCGGUUCCUCUUCACUUUGAUCCCGAUGCUGAUCGCGAUGGCGGGCUUCGGCAUCCUGCUCAACAUCCACGACACGGCGCAACACCACAUCCAAUACGGGGCGCUGUUCCUCGUCACGAGCGGCUGCUACAGCGCCAUGCCGGUGCUGGUGUGCUGGUUCGCGAUGAACCUGGGUGGCCACCGACGACGAAGCGUGGGAACAGCCUGGCAGAUUGGAUUCGGAAAUAUCGGCGGCAUCAUCUCCACCUACUCCUUCCUCUCCAAAGACGCCCCCUUCUACCGCAACGGAUACAUCAUCGGCAUGUCCUUCCUGUGUUUCUCCGCCGCCAUGUCCAUCUCCUAUUUCCUCGCCAUCUGGCACCAGAACCGGAAACGCGACCGGGCGGCGAUCGAUCCGGCGAAUAUCUCAGAAGAGGAGGAGGAGCGGUUAGGCGAUAUGUCGCCAUCCUAUCGCUACGCUUAUUGAUGACGCCCUGGCCUGGGCUGAGUAGAUAGGGCUCGAUUUGUUUGCGGUUUGCUGUUGUUUCCUGAAAAGAAGUUCUAGAAUUAUGGUGGCUCCGGUAUCGGGGUCUAAUGCAUACUUAAUGCUGUUCGGGGAUUGCCGACGGCCAUGAUGUGAUGAAUCGAUUGGUUCGGCUGCCUGUGGUGGCU